CACCGUGCCGCGGGAAGAGCCGGGAGCACAUGGAAGGAGAGAGAGAGGCAAAAAAUCCCAGAUCGCUGCUGCUGCCGGGGAGGCAAAGUGGGGAGAGAGGAAAAGGAGGAGAGGAGGCUCGGAACCGGCAAGUAGAGAAGUUUGAGCACUUCCCACUCCUCUUCCACUUCUCUGCUGUAGUCACCGGAUCAUCACCAGCAGCAGCAGGGGCAGGGGCCAGGUCUGCUGCGACUCGGCACUUUCUCGGGCUCCGGUGGGGUCCCUUUCCUUCUUUUGCCCCCUUUUGUUUUGAAGAGGAGAAAGGGAGACAAGAAAUUCAGGCACCAAAAACCGCCUCGAUCGUCUCCGGCGAGAUGGUUAAAAAGAAAAAAAAAAAAGCGCCCAAGAAGCGGAAAACGUCCUGGAUUUCUGUAAAAGCGCCCUCCCUAGUGACUGGAGAUUGGCAAACAGCUCAUUCUCUGCCCAGACCAUGGCUGGAAGGCAGCAUGGGCUCUGGGAAGGCGGGAGGAAGGGGACCCCUGAGGAUUCCGACCCUGCUGAUUUCCCCUGCUGAGUUACGGACCCUGCGUAGCCAGGAUGGAUGCAUGGGAUGCAUGCGUAGCAUGGAUGCAUGGGAAACAGCAGUGCUUAUUAUCUCAUGUUUCCUCUCGAUGUCCCAAAACGGGUGCCUGGAACAGGUGCUCUCUGGCUGUAGGACUCCAGAGGGAUGCAGGUCUCCAACUCCAUCCUCACCUGUAAACAGCAUCUCAGCCCAACUGCUCUGACUGCAAGGGAGUGAUGGGCACAUCUGGAUCACAGCCGUGGUGGUGGGAUGCACAGAGAAUGGCAGACCAGCACUCGCCUCUGUAGCUUCCAGGGGCUGCUUUGAGAGUCUGGCACUUCUCUAAGGAACAGGUUAAUUAAAGCCACAAAUGUUUCAAAAAUUAA